AUGUACUUGACGUACGUUCAACAUGUUGGUUGCUCCACAAGAAUGUUGGUUAUGUCACCAGCAUCAGAAGAUUUGAAAUGUCCUGAUUGCCAGAAACAGAUUGAUCCUUUCAAUUGGACAAAUUCUCCUUUACCUUGUCCUUUUGUAGAACAAGUCAACGCGAGAUGCGCGAUAGUUAUAAAGCCUACUAACGGGUACUUUCAAUCAUACAAAAUUGGUGAUGAUUUGCACAUAGGAAUAUCAGAUUCCCAUUCUGUUAUUCAUUCGUUCUGGACCAACGGUAUCACUGCUGCUGCUUCUUCUUGGGACAAGAGUAUCUUAGUUUACCAGUUUGCCAACAAUGAGAAUAACUGGUUCGACAGCUCGCUCUAUAACUUUAUAAACGAGCACUGCCCAAAGUUUCUAGCUCAAAUGUACAAUGACAUUGAAUGGAAUUGCUUUGACUUUGUGACAGAGUAUUUAAGAUAUAUCAACUUCCGUAACUAUACCAAAGUUCAUUUCGUUGCGGAGUUUAUACAAGACACUUUGAAGAAUUCAAUGAAGUACUGCACUUUAGUCAAUAAAGUGAUGGAGAGAGGAUCUAUUCUGAUUGGUUGA